GAGUUCCUUACCGUUGCCACCUGUCUUUGGCAGUCGAGACACGCCAACUUUCACUCGAGCCAGACUGCACGCCGUCCGAGACCGGCAUGAGACGACACCAUCGGGCAGAGGGAUUACGAGCGGCGUCCUCCUCGGUGCAUCAGCUUCGGCCGCUCUUCUCGUGAUGCCUCCGCCACUGCUCGGCUUCCGCUGCUGCUGCUGCUUUUGCGACAGCAUCUCACUGUUUUCGUGAAGUGGUGGACCCCGUCUCGCGCUGCCGCUGGUUUUUUUCUUGUGUGCCAACGCCUCGUACGCAUCGUUGUCUUCGUGCGUUCCAACGGGGGGACGCAAGAGUGGGAGCGCGCGGAGUGUGUGGCUUUCCUCGGAGAACGAUGGAGACGUUCGUGCUCAUCCCGAAGGAGCUCAGUCUGGUGAUCAGUGACCGCGCUACAUCGACGACUACGACCGACUCGACGACGUCCGGCGAUCGGCCGCCCACCAAGGAAGUGACCGCGGCUGUGUGGAGCAACAGUCGCAUCUCCCGCGGCACGAGGUUCCUGCCCUUUCAAGGAACUGUCCGCCUGGACAAGCUCGAGGUGUUCGGCACGCUCGACCAAAAGGACAUCCGGCAUCGCUUCGGCUGCUACGACGAGAUACACCUGGAAAAGUCGCGGCAGAUUCGCCACUGCAACUGGGUGCGUUUCGUGCGCCACUCGCCGCAGUUCAGCGCCGAGGUGAACCUGCUCGGUUCGCUGGUGAAGGGCGAGCCCGUGUACGAAACUAUCCGCACUGUGGCUUCCAACACGGAGCUAGUGGUCUUCUACGAGGACCCGGACGAGGACGUCGAGCGGACACCCCUGACGCUGGUCGUGGCAAGGGACCUCUCGUUGGCACAGUACCGAAGCGCCAUGGGCAUGAUCCUCGAAGAUACGCCUCUGGACCUGUCUCAGUCCUUACUAGCGCCGCCAGUGUCGCCCUCAUCGCCCGUCACUCCUCAACUACCUCGAGUUCUCAUGACACCGCCAUCGGAACCUGAAGAAAGGCGGUCGGUGUCGAGCGAGGGAACAACAACGGAAGAGACGGUGCCGAUGGAAACACCGAGGCAUUUGAUGGUGAAGAAAGGUCGCGAACGAACUCUGCUUCCCUGCGAAGUCUGUGGGAAGGCCUUCGAUCGACCAUCGCUCUUACGCAGGCACAUGAGGACACACACAGGGGAAAAGCCGCACGUGUGCGACGUCUGUGGCAAGGGUUUCAGCACGUCCAGCUCCCUCAACACUCACCGGCGCAUUCACUCGGGAGAGAAGCCGCACCAGUGUCACGUGUGCGGAAAGCGGUUUACGGCGUCCUCCAAUCUCUACUAUCACCGCAUGACGCAUUCCAAGGAGAAGCCACACAAGUGCACGCUAUGUUCAAAGUCCUUCCCGACGCCCGGAGACCUCAAGAGCCACAUGUACGUUCACAGUGGUUCGUGGCCAUUCAAGUGCCACAUCUGCAACCGGGGCUUCAGCAAGCAAACGAACCUCAAGAACCAUCUGUUCCUACAUACCGGUGAUAAGCCUCACAUAUGCGAGUACUGCCAAAAGAGGUUCGCCUUGGCCUGCAAUCUGCGAGCUCACCUGAAAACCCACGAAGGUGAACACCAGGAGAAGUGCUCGGGCUGCGGCAAGUCCUACUCCAUCAGCGCAACCGGCGGCGCGGGCCGGUUGCUGGGCCGCGGCUACUGCCCAGCCUGCCUGGGCACCCUGGCCGGCAACGGGCUGUCGUCUUCACCCAAGACGGGCCAUUACGAGGCGGAGCCUCCAAAGUCCCCGACGCUCGACUCCAACGAGGACAGUAAGGGAAGCUCGCGCUCGAACCUCGACCUGGGCGGUGCCGCAUCGCCCACCACGCCCCCUCCGCCCCCGCGGCUCCUGUUCGGUGUGCUCGACCAGAUGAUGAUGCGCUACCGGCAGUCGGCUCAGGCCUUCCUGCCGCCUUCCUUAUCGACCAUGAAGUUCUUGGAAGGCGCCUCCAUGCUCACACCCUGACGACACGCCCACGGACUUGGCUGGUCUUGCUGACUCGACGUGUAACGGACUCAGCUUGUGCGCGCGCGUUAGCCUGGAGUCAGCACCGCUGGAAUGGUCCUUGAUGUGAAAGAGAGAAUGAAGAAGAGAAGAAGGCGUGAUCUCAGACUUCUUGUGCGUGCUCUGUAGUGGCUGAUGCUGUCAGGACUGGAGUGCCCGACGAACUGGGACAGUUUUGGUGUCGCUUUCUGUACCGCCCUUCUUCCUUAGAGUGGCAGCAACUGUAGGCUCUUUGCUUCUGGUACACACUUGAACAGUGCAUUGGAAUCUAUACGGGAGACCAUGAGCUCAUGCGACAUAAUUUUCUUGGCCAGUCUUUUCAACGCAUUGAAAGUUCUUGUUCUUUUUUUUUUUUUUUUACUAUGGCGUUCGCUUAUAUAACCAGUAGGAUUUGUGGUUAGUGACGUAACCGAACGUCUGACGGAACACACAAAAUAGAAUUUAUGUACAUAGCGGUGCUUCAUACUUCAGCAAGAAUGAAAGUGUCAAAGAAGAACCAGUGAGGUCACGGCGUUGUCUUAAAGACAGGUUCCUCCGCACUUUGAAAAACUUGAUUAUGUUUUCGUAGUAUGUCUGUAUGAUAUUCCCGGUGAUAAUGUAACGAACACAGUAAAACGCUGUUCCCUAAUUGUGCCAGGUGUUGUGAAGCGCCACUUCCUUUAGGGUCCACUUCAAGGCAGAUCAAAAAUAAUACGUUGCAAUGCGUGACAGUGCAGGCUUCUUGCAAGGCAACGUCUUCCCGUCAGCUUUUCACUACAAAAAACUGUGUAAUGAUCGAAAUGUGCCUUUAGUUACAACAUAUCUUUGUCUGAAGCUAACCAAUAACAAAAAAAGUAUUUCCCGAUCAAAACACAAGGAGGACAGUUCGUGCCUUGGUCAUGACUAAAAGGCAAACUGUGCGAAGGUCAUAGCAUGAAAUGUUCUGAAGUCUAUGAUUUCUUAAUGUGCCUUACAUUUAUUGGACGUCGAUGUUCAAAAUAAUUUGUGUCGAUGUCCUACACGCCAGUGCUUUAAUAUCUGCCUUACACGUACAGAUACUACCUAAUUUUUAUAAACACAUAUACUAUUUUGUACAGCGAAAGUGCUACUGAGCCCGUAAUGUGGUUUGAGUGAAGUAAUGUAUAUUUUUGUCAACAUAACGAAGGAGAGCACAUAGACAUGUACAGGCAUGCAGCAUAAACAUUUUCUUUCUUUGAAUAACAUGACUAGGGCUAUAAAAAAGAUGAGAAAUGACUUUUUUUUUGACUACCAGUAAUCCGGACCUUCUUGUAAUAGAAUUCGCAUUUUUUAUGUGUUUCUUUUGAGAUGCAUCAUUCUCACUUUGAUAGAGUAAUCGAAAUUGGCCGUAAAGAGCAGGCAUCGCGAACCGCACGAGGUGCUGUUCAAUACGGCAUUGUUCCUAUGACUGCGUUGAUCAGUGUUUUUUAAUCGCGUGCAAUAGAAGGUUGUAUACUAGAAUGGAUAUUCCAAGAGAGAAAUACUACAGUGCCAUUACCCGUUUGACGCUAAUCUUGGCGUUAUAUUUACAAUGUGCCUUCUGCUUGCGACACUGUCACUGAACCAUUGUUGUGACUUCGCAGUAAAAAAAGGCAAUCAAUCUUGAUUGUUUUUCUUCAAUAUAACGGUAGCUCAACACGCGACGAUAUAUGGCGCCACAUAUACCUCCUGUGAUACACAAUGUCACUUUGAUGCCUUGCUGCACGCUUUGUGAAUGUUUGUUGUUACUGGAUGCACUGUGUGAGUUGUGGUAGCUAUAUAAGGCGUAUUUAUAAGGAAAAUACAGUCGCCAUAUUGUAUACAGUCUUCGCGCAGCACAUCGUUGCACGACUCCAACAUUCCGAAAAUCUUUACCAAACUGUGAACUAAAAAAGAAAAAAAAAAAGAAACACCAAAAUAUGCCUUAGAUGUUGAGCGUUUUAUGACUGGGAUGUUAUCCGAAAAAAUUAUGAAAAACUGUGUGCUACAGAUGUUUUAGCAUAAAACAUUUCAGCCUCAUGACAGCAACGAGCUUUUCUACUUAAAGACCUAUCUGCAACGGAUUGAGUUAGCCCAUUUUUGUGGUAGACAACCUGCAGUCGGGGUAUUCCAGUUAGCAUUUGCGAUCUCGUUGUCAACUCAAAUGUGCACUGAACAAGAAAAAUGCAGCGUUGCGCACGCCAUUGUAACAUAUAUGUUGAGCAAAUCUAAACUUAGUGCAACAGAACUGGUGCCUGGGAGGAGGAGCACGGCUUGGAAUGAGUGAGCUGAGUCUUCUCCAUUAUUGAGAAAGAUGCGAAUGCAGCACCUUCACGCGCAGUGGAUUCCAAAUGUGAAAUGGACAAACGAAUAAUGAUGUGUGUGUACAGGUGCACUGAGAAUCCGCAUGGCCAUGCCAGUUUUGUUUGGCGCGCUGCCUGUUCAGUGCAAGGUGUCCGCUUCAAGUUUCACGGGAAGCCUUUUUCAGUGCUCGACAGUGUGCAUAAGCUCAAAGCUGAGAUCGAAGAAGUUGUUUACGAUUAUCUAGUCUAUUCACAUAUGUGCCUUGCCUUCCUGUUGCAUUGUAUUUAGUACUUUUGGGAUGGAAAUAAACGUCGACAGAGUCAAAACA